UGUUGGCUCUGCGACAGACCUGUCCAGGGUGUACCCUGCCUUUCACCUGUUAAAAUGCUGGGAUAGGCUCCAGCUCACCUGCGACUUGAAAUGGAAUAAGCGGUCAAGAUAAUGGAUGGCAAUGUUAACUUCAUUCACCCUGCCAAUCCAUACAAGUGUUAUUGAGUGACGAAAGACAAUAAAAAAAAUAACUUUUCACAAUACAAAGUCAUGACAAUGGCUUGCAAAGCGGUCUAAUUUAUGAGCUGAAAUCAUAUUUCACACUUUUUCUCAUUCCUGACAACAGAAAGAAAAUAAAACUUUAAAUAUGACUGAAUGAUAACCCCCCAUUGCCACCAAGAAGUAAACACACAGCGGAUUAAGCCACAUCUUUCAGUGUAAAUAUUAAUGUCCCUAAAUCCUAAAAUACCCCAGCUUCUAAAGAUCAUCUUAUAGAGAGAAACACACUCUUAAAGGCUGCCUUAAAAAAAAAAAAAAAAAAAAAAAAAAAAAAGACGUUUACCGUCAUGCUUCCUUUUCUUUCAUAAUGAAUACUAGAUGUGAAUGUAGCCUGAUGGUGUUUAUCAUCUCUAGUUUAGGUAGUAUAACAUUUCUAUUAAAAAACAGGACUGCAGGCAGGAGAGUCAAGCAACACAGGUUUUUAAAAAGCCAAACUCUGUAAGUGUUACUAAAUAAGAUCUGGCAUUGUCCGGCUAAAAUAACUAUUAUCUUUCACUAAUAGAUCUUUCAAGAGGAUUUUCUGAGGCAAAAAUUGUUGAGUCACAAUCAAUCUCAGACAAACUAAGGCUAUGUCCUACUAGACCUGUACAAUGUACUGAUUUAGCAAAUAUGUAGCGCACAGCAUAAAAUAUGCAAAUUACAGAGAUUUCCCACUGUAUGGCUGUUGAUUCAGAGGUUAUUUGGUUAGAGAUUUAGACUGGUAUGCCAAAAACACAAUGCACCACUGCAAUGAAUGCACCACUCAAUUUCUUUUUAAGCUGCAAGUUCUACUCGGUCCUGAAACCUUAUUCCAUUAGGUAAAAGACAUUUACACAGCUCAAAUUUAUCAAUUUCCUUUGUAAAAGAACGAAGAAACUAUGAGAAACUGAUAAAAUCCACAGAUAAAAAAAGAAAGAAAAAAAAACUUGAUACCUUUAAGCUCUUCAUUUUUAAUUUUGUAAGUGUUUUUUAUUCUUGCAAACUAGCAGUAUGCAAAUUUGGAGCCAAGUGAAAACACACCAUGGCCUGCUGUGAAACCAGCAGUUGAUAGUUGAUGAAAGAGCAAUGAUUUCAGUUGAGGUUGAAAACAACAUUGCCAUAUAAAACAAUAACAUGGAAACAACAUCAGUAGUUACCAGGAUCAUUCUGACUUAACUGAGCUUAUAAAUAGUUUACAAAGUUAGCACACAUUAAAAAUGCUGAGUGACACACAUUUAAACAUUGCAUCAGAUGCUAACAAAAGCUAGUGGGCUAACGCAGGGGUGGUCAACGUCAGACCUCAAGAGCCACAAUCCUGCAGGUUUUCCAAAUUUCCCCACUCCGGCACACCUGACACCUGAUUCGUUUAAGUCAGGUGUGUUGGAGCAGGGAAAUUUGGAAAAACCUGCAGGAUUGUGGCCCUCGAGGACCGACGUUGGCCACCCCUGGGCUAACGGCUUUAAGCCUACAUGUUUCACACGGUGUAUUAUUCUGAAACAGUUAAAUAAAACAAACGGGAUAUUUACAAUCCGCCAGUCUUGUAGUGUCCUUUACCGAGCUGUAAACUCUACAGUCAAGACACCAACUUUUAUUUAAAUACAUACAGUUCAAACCCUCAGUCAUGAUCAAAAACAAGACAAAAACAGAAACCGAGCAGGCAGUGCUCUUCUAACAGUGUCAUAAGACCUGUUAACUGUAUAUAACUCAGAGUUAGGUGGGUCUGGUGCUACACCUGAAUAAGGGUUGUCCAUUUUUAAUCUAUUCUUCAUUACUGCAAGGCUGUUGUUCAAAUAGCUGUCAUUUAUGUAAUCCUUGUUUUGUCCUUGUUUCUAUUGCAGUUUGUAGAAGGGCAACUUGUUGCAGCUGGGAUGAGAAGACGCUGGGGGUUAUAGGACUGUUAAAAGAUAGAAUUUACUUGCAGACUGAAUGAUGAAGGACUGCUGCUUAAUACGGAAAUAUUUCACAUCAAGUCCCAUUCUGAGUGACUAUUGGAGGCCUUACCCCAGAAUGAGACAACAUUGGUAUAUACAUUAUCUGUUGUGUGUUGGUGAAGGUGAGGACCCAAAUGCAGGCAGUUGUGUUCAGGAAGCAGAACGGUGCUGGUGACGAAAGGUUUAUUCUAGAAACUCAUGAACCAAAAACUACACAUUACAGGGAUAAACCAAGGGAAAAAGGAUCUGACAAGGAAAACUGAAAACCAUGAGGGAAACUGGGCAAAACAUGUCAAAACCAGAACUUUAAACCAAAAUCAGGACAAAACUAAAACAUGACACAAACCAUGAUCUUAAAAGAAACCUAAAGAUGAAAACCACAAACUAUAAACCAAGAUCAUGACACAGCUAAACAUUACACAAACACAUACAGAACCCAUGAUCAUGACAAACACAAACCCAAACACAUCCCAUGAUCUUGAUAUUAUCAAGUCAAUCAGCUGAGUUUCUGGUUCAUCCAGUUACAGGAGUACAUAUUAUUCAAGUGUGUCCUGUUUAUUACAUAGAAACUACUGAUGUUGUUUCCAUGUUAUUGUUUUAUAUGGCAAUGUCUGCUGUAAUGUAAUUAUUACCAUGGAAUAACACGGAAACAGGUAAUAUGUCACUUGGCAGCCCCGAUUCCUGGUUAUUACAUAGAAACUGUCCAAUUAUGAUAAAUGAUAUUAUGUCACCAUAGUUAUUCCUUUAUUUAGGUAUGUAUAGAUAUUUGUAGACAUUUCCAGGAAACUACCAGGUAAUUGCCACAAUAUUAACAGAGUAUUUCCAUAUAGUUUCACUUUCUCUUUAAAUUUGUUACCCUCCUAUUUCUGUAGGUUUAAGGCAACUUAUUACCCUUUAAAUUCAGUUUUAGUCUAUUGUUACCCAGUGUUACUAUUAGGAUAUUACCUGGUUAUUACAACUGGUAAUUAUGGAGUCUUACCAAGUUAUUGCUUCUGGAUUACCAUAAUAUUAUCACACUAUUACCACAAUAUUACCAUAUAAUUACCGAACUGUAAUGUAAAGUGCUAGCAAUAAUUCUUAUAAUAAUUAAUUUAAUUGUGAAAACUAAUAAUAAUACUAAUACUACUACUACUACUACUAAUAAUAAUAAUAAUAAUAAUAAUAACAAUAAUAAUAAUAAUAAUAAUAAUAAUAAUAAUAACCCAGACCCAGCCAGGUCUCACCACCCGAAGUACCCCAGUCAACCCCAUCAACACUCCAACCUCAAAGGACCACAACAAGUCCUGGAAAAUGAGAAACAAUACUUAAAACACAUUUGAAUCCUACUUAUGUACUGAUGGAUUAAUUCAAUAUAACAAGGCAGGAUUAUAAAUUAUUACCUACAGUAUUUAUUUUGUAAUCAUGCUGUUGUUGAAAAUGUGAAGAAACUUGUGUACUUCCCCUUUAAGGAAAACAAAGAGAUGUGUGUUUGAGCUUGUGCUGAAUUUAAAAACUGCAAAAAUUCACUGAAUGUGUUUCUAAAAGAUGGAUUCAAAGGUGCAAUAAUAACAGAGCCCAUUAUCUGGUGGAUAAAACUAGCUGCUUGUAUUAGUGCAGGCAGUGUAUUCGUAUGGGACAAAGAUAAAAUUCAACUAGUUUAAUUUGAUAUACUGUGUUUAUUGUUAUUGUUCCUCCUUGUUAAAGUGGUUCAACAGGUUUUUUUUUUCUCCUCCCAGCCAGAUUUUUUUAUUUCCAGUUACAGUGACAUAACACAUAGAAAUGACACCUAACACAAUAAGCAUUCACAAGUCUCAGAUCUGUUGAGUGCUGACAGCAGAGAGUGUGAGAGCCAUGACAGGACUAUUAAAGAAAAACAGACAAAAUGAAGUGUACUUGACAAUUAUGCUUAUUAUCUUUGGAGCAGGUUGUAUCUAUGCGAAAGGAGUUCACCAGCUUUGUCAAAUCCAAGGAUGCUUUCAGUCAAGUCGAACUCAUGUCUGUUUGACAUUUGAUGAUUAUGAAGUGUACUAUGCAGAUUUUCCAAAAGAUCGUCUUGUUUGGGACAGAAAAGUACCAAGACAUUUACAAUGGGCUUACGAGUGGGCUUACCAAUAUGCAGAAGGAUUCAGAUUUAGUUGUAAAAGAAACCCAUACUUAUGGAAAAUCGACAUGACUCUUACAAGGACUAAAAAACCACCAGAAACGAUCCUCUAUCCCAGAGAUGAAGUGAUAAAAGAUGAAGACAAUACCCUCAUCUGCUUCAGCAACAACUUCUUUCCUCCAAAAAUACACAUCAAGUGGACAAAGAACAAUAAACAAGUAGCAGAGGAAGAUCCUUUCAUCAAAACUAUACCAAAUCCUGAUGGGACUUUUCAUGUCUUCUCCUACCUGAACUUUGUUCCAAAACAAGGAGACAUCUACAACUGCAGCGUGGAGCACGAAGUACUGGAGGAGCCUCAGACCACGUUUUGGGAAGUUGAAACAGAUGAAAAAAUAAGUAGUGGUCCAGCUGUCUUCUGUGGACUUGGCAUCUCUCUUGGGCUUCUUGGAGUCGCUGCAGGAACUUUCUUUUUUGUAAAGGGAAACCAAUGUCACAGGAUGCAGGACGGUGCUCAUUAAUCUAUAACAAUGAUUGUAUACAUUCGUCUCAAGAGCCUCGCUCAUCCCUUUCUUCUUCUUCACAAACCCGAAAUGCAGAACUAUUAUUUGUAAAACAGCUGAAUGUUUUGCACAUGUAGCUAUUCCUGGUUUCUGAAUUGUUCUGCUCUUUGUUGUAUUCAGUAUAUUCGUCUAUAGUUUUUCCAAAAUUAGAUGAUUAUGAAUGCCUGUAAUGCAAAUGUUCUUUGUCAGAGUUCAUGUAUCAUGUAAUAUGCAUAAAACCCAAUAAACAUU